AGCAGGGAGAGGCGAGGCUGCGGCUGGAGUCACGUGCUGCGACGGCCAGCCGCCCCGCCCCUUCAAGGCCUCCCCGCCCCGCCCCACCCCGCCCCUUUCUCGGCGGGACGCUCGGAGCCGCCCCGAACUGCGCAGGGCGGCCUGGGGAGUCAUACCCCAUGGGUUUAUGUAUUAAAUGAUCUUCUUGGCACAGAAGAGAAUUAAAGAAUGAUGGCUUCGUUCCAGCGUUCCAAUAGUCAUGAUAAAGUAAGGAGAAUAGUUGCAGAGGAGGGUCGCACAGCAAGAAACCUAAUAGCUUGGAGUGUUCCAUUGGAAAGCAAGGAUGAUGAUGGGAAACCUAAGUGUCAAACUGGUGGAAAAUCUAAGAGGACAAUUCAAGGCACUCAUAAAACUACUAAGCAGAAUACUGCAAUAGACUGUAAGAUAACAUCUGCAGUUGGAGAUAAACACUUUGAUAAAAGUCCCACUAAAACAAGGCAUCCUCGGAAAAUUGAUCUUAGAGCUCGGUACUGGGCAUUUCUUUUUGACAAUCUUCGACGUGCAGUAGAUGAAAUCUAYGUAACUUGUGAAUCAGAUCAGAGUGUGGUGGAAUGUAAGGAGGUGUUAAUGAUGCUGGAUAAUUAUGUGAGAGAUUUCAAAGCACUGAUUGACUGGAUUCAACUUCAGGAAAAGCUAGAGAAGACUGAUGCUCAAAGCAGACCAACAUCACUGGCAUGGGAAGUAAAGAAGAUGUCUCCAGGACGUCAUGUGAUUCCAAGUCCAUCAACAGACAGAAUAAGUGUAACAUCAAAUGCUAGAAGAAGCUUAAAUUUUGGGGGUUCUCCUGGCACAGUGGCUGCUCCACGUGUGGCUCCCACAGGUGUCAGUUGGGCUGACAAAGUAAAGGCUCAUCAUGCAGGCUCUACCAAUUCUUCAGAUACAGCACCUGCUCAGCCCUGUCCACCAAUGGCAGUGCAGAAGACUUCCCGCAAAAAUGAACGGAAAGAUGCUGAAGGGUGGGAAACUGUUCAGAGAGGAAGGCCUGUUCGUUCCCGAUCAACAGCAGUGAUGCCAAAGGUUUCAUUAAUAACAGAACUGAUAAGGUCAAAGGAUGACAGUGAUAAGGAAAAUGUAUGUCUUUUACCUGAGGAAAGUGUACAGAAAGGUGAAUUUAUUGGAGAUGGAYCUUCUAAUACUAUAGAAUCUCGGCCUAAAGACUCAUUGCACUCUUCUGAUCAUCCCCUUGCUGAAAGAACUCAGUUCACAGUGAGUACAUUGGAUGUCAAAAAUUCUGGCAGUAGUCAAGACAGUUCUGUGCAAACUUCUGAAAUACCUGCUGUACACAUUGAUACAGAGAAUGUUUUAGAAUCUCAGCAAGUUGUCACACCUCCUUUGCAAACAAAUGAAGAUAAAUUUCCAGCAGAGGAAGCAAGGAUAGAAAGUGAAAUGGAUCCUUCAGAUAUUUCAAAUGUGAGUGCUGCUCACUUGUCCAUGGCAGAAGUCCUUGCAAAAAAAGAAGAGCUAGCAGAUCGUCUAGAAAAGGCCAAUGAAGAAGCCAUUGCUAGUGCUAUUGCUGAAGAAGAACAGUUAACUAGAGAAAUUGAAGCUGAAGAAAACAAUGAUAUUAACAUUGAAACUGACAAUGACAGUGAUUUUUCUGCCAGCAUGGGCAGUGGGAGUGUAUCUUUCUGUGGUAUGUCUAUGGAUUGGAAUGAUGUUCUUGCAGAUUAUGAAGCUCGUGAGUCUUGGCGCCAAAAUACAUCCUGGGGGGAUAUUGUAGAAGAGGAACCUGCUAGACCUCCAGGGCAUGGAAUUCACAUGCAUGAAAAACUUUCCUCACCAUCUCGUAAAAGAACAAUUGCAGAAUCUAAGAAGAAACAUGAAGAGAAACAAAUGAAAGCACAGCAGCUAAGGGAGAAGUUGCGUGAAGAAAAAACAUUAAAGCUUCAGAAAUUAUUAGAAAGGGAGAAGGAUGUUCGAAAGUGGAAGGAAGAAUUACUAGAUCAACGACGUAGGAUGAUGGAAGAAAAAUUACUUCAUGCUGAAUUUAAACGAGAGGUGCAGUUACAAGCAAUUGUGAAAAAAGCACAAGAAGAAGAAGCUAAGGUAAAUGAAAUUGCCUUUAUAAAUACCCUGGAAGCCCAGAAUAAGCGCCAUGAUGUUUUAUCGAAAUUAAAAGAAUAUGAGCAGAGGCUUAAUGAGUUACAGGAAGAGCGUCAGAGAAGACAGGAAGAAAAACAAGCACGUGAUGAAGCCGUGCAGGAACGCAAGAGAGCUCUAGAGGCAGAACGGCAGGCUCGUGUAGAAGAACUGUUGAUGAAGAGGAAAGAACAAGAAGCCCGAAUUGAACAACAGAGGCAAGAAAAGGAAAAAGCCCGUGAAGAUGCAGCCAGGGAAAGAGCUAGAGACAGGGAAGAACGAUUGGCGGCACUCACAGCUGCUCAACAAGAAGCCAUGGAAGAGCUACAGAAAAAAAUUCAGCUCAAGCAUGAUGAAAGCAUUCGGAGGCACAUGGAACAGAUUGAACAAAGGAAAGAAAAAGCUGCUGAGUUAAGUAGUGGGCGACAUGCAAAUACUGAUUAUGCCCCCAAACUUACUCCUUAUGAAAGAAAGAAACAGUGUUCUCUCUGCAAUGUCCUGAUUUCUUCAGAGGUCUAUCUUUUUAGCCACAUUAAAGGCAAAAAACAUCAACAAGCUGUGAGAGAGAAUAGCAGCAUCCAAGGGCGUGAACUUUCAGAUGAAGAAGUGGAGCAUCUUUCCUUGAAGAAGUAUAUUGUUGACAUUGUAGUUGAAAGUACAGUUCCACCAGAGCCUUUGAAAGAUGSAGAAGAGCGGCAAAAAAAUAAAAAAAAAGCCAAAAAGAUAAAAGCACGGAUGAACUCCAGACUUCAGCGAUUAGCCAAAGAUCUUCUAAAACAACUGCAAGUACAAGACAGUGGAUCAUGGGCAAACAGUAAGGUUUCUGCUCUGGAUCGGACACUAGGGGAGAUCACUAGAAUAUUGGAAAAAGAG